AUUCUGAAAUAUCUGAUGUAAAAAGAGCAAAAAACAGUAUGGGAUACUCCUGGGGCUGUAACACAGGCAUUCCUUAUAACAUGCCUUAGAUAUUCUACACAUUCUUAAUACCUCAAAUAGAAAUAGCUUUAAAAAAAAAGACCCCACGCCUGCACAUGAUCAAAAUAUCACAAAUAAAUAUGAUUCAGAAAAAAGGAGCAAGAAAGGCUCCUCUCCAAGCACACCUGUGGACCUUUAGAAGCCACUUUAUUGACAAGUAUAAAAGCAGGUGCUUGAAUGGUGAAUUCAGCAGCAACUUGUUCAGAUCUGAUUUAGGGUACCUUUGUUGACUCUCAAACAUCACCCUGUGCUAAUAAAAAAUAAAUGGGCAAUACAAAAAAAAAAAAAAUUUACUCUCUCCAACCUUUUGUAUACAAUUUUCAUUGAUAACCACAAUAAAUGUUUGAAAUGUUUAUACAACUGUGUUAUAAUUACUGUCAACCGUGCAGGCCCCCAUAGCCUCUUGACUGGGCUAUGCUAUAGAAGUAAGUCAGGGAUUUGCCCUCGUCUGUGGAUAAGCUAUUGAAGGUAUACAGGAAGGUUCUUUUGUCUUGGAUGUUUACUAGCCACGCUGUGUAGAGAAUAGGCCCAGGGUCUCAAUGAAAGCAAUCAAUUGAUUGGUAAACGUCAACUUUACACUUAUACAACAAGUACAUAACAGUUGAGCCUGAAAAUUAAACUAGGUCACAAAGCCGACAGACCUGACGCGUCCCUCAUCAGUUUGAAUUGGAUUUUGAGGACGAUAUUCUGUCUUUUGGUACCUGUUGGAAGUUCUACAGUAUAAGAAGAAGUGUGGAGAACUUGAGGCACAAAACUCCCAAUUCAAAUCUGAAAGUCAGCAGGUAAAAAGAUCUUUGCAGAGUACACAAGACGUCCUUCAGAGCCGCCUGGAGACCACAGAAGCCAGACUACGCAUGGCGGAGGAAGACGCCAGCAUGGACCUGGAGACAGCUCUUAUUAAGCUGGAGGAAGAGCAGCAGAGGAGCUCCAGCCUUGCUCAUGUGAACUCCAUGCUCCGUGAGCAGCUUGACCAGGCCACAUCAGCCAAUCAGCAGCUGACUCAGGACAUCCAUCGCUUGACCACUGACUGGCAGCGUGCCAGAGAGGAGUUGGAGCAGAAGGAGUCAGAGUGGAGAGAUGAGGAGCAGUCGUUCAACGAGUACUUCAGUGCUGAGCACAGCCGUCUGCUGUCUCUCUGGAGGGCUGUUGUCGCUUUCAGACGUCAGUUUGGAGAGAUGAAGUCAGCCACAGAGCGCGAUCUGUCUCACAUUCGUGCUGACUUGACGCGCACUUCCCGUAGCAUGCAUUCUGCCUGUCUCAACCUCAGUGCCAACUUGAGGAGCAUGGACACUCAGUCUCAGGUAUCUGCUGACAGGGAUCGUAGUGACCGUAACGCCCUAGAGAACCAACUACGCGACAAGGUCCGCGAGGUGAUGGAACUGCAGACCAAGUUUGACAUUCACACCUCUGAGCUCAACUCCAAGGUCAAUGAACUUACCAUGAUGAAUGAGAAACUGAAGAUCCAGCUGAUUGAGAAAGACAAGUCCAUCAGCACACUUCAGGCUAACAUGGACCGUGUGGAUGCAGGGCGCAUGGAGGCAGCACGUGAACGCGAGUCUAUGGAGGUGGAGGCCUCACAGACCAUGCGUGAGGAGACAGAAGCACUGCAUGCAGCUCUGCGCGACAUUGCACAGGCUGUGAUAAGCGAUGCUGACCAGUCCAAGCUGGAGGAUGAAGGUGCAAGCACUGCUGAGCUGGCGAGGUCAAUGUCCCCAUCACGCUCACCUCGCAUGCGCACUCGCACACGCUCUGCCUCUCCCAGUCGCUCACCUGCCUUCGCGGACUCCACAUUCUCUGCUGUGCAGGCAGCGCUGAACAAACGUCAGUUGCAGGUGCAGGAAAUGCGUGCCAAGUUUAACGCAUCAAAGGACCAGAAUGCAGCACUUCGCAAGCAGCUUGAUGAUACAGAGAAUGAGCGCAGGCGCAUUGAGAGACAGAUGAUGGAGUACAGAGAAGAGCUGGAUAAUGCGCGCAGAGACAAAGAAGAUUCAUUCCGAGAUCGUGACCGUUUCAAGAACCAGCUAGACCUGACUGGCAGCGAGAAGUCACAGCUUGAAAGAAUGCGCCAGGCACUUAAUGAACAAAUUGAGGCCUUGAACACUGAAAAUGAGAAACUCCAGGCAGCAAAUUCUGAGAUUCAGCGUCAGCGAGACAACAUUGAGGACGAGAAAGAUGAUGUCAUCAAGGAUAAAGAACGUCAGAUUAAGGAGAAUGAGAGAUGCCACAAGGUAAUAGAACAGCUGGAGAUGAAACUGUCCAAACUCAGAGAGGACUUUGUGGAGACCAAAGAAACUCUGCACAAAUCUCAACUAGACAAAGAUGUACUGGAAAAUGAGAAAGCUGAGAUGGGCGAGGCCUUGUCAAAGGCUGAGCUUCGUAUGGCAGAGCUGGAGCUAGCUGUGAACAAACUGAAGACAGAGGAGGCAGGCCUCCGCGAUGCUCUGCUGAAAAUGCAGGCUCUGAAUGAAGGCUUGGGACAGGAUAAGAUUGAGCUGAACAAGAUCAUUAUGCAGCUUGAGGCAGAGAAGGCCUCCUUGUUUGGAGAGAAGCAUGCUAUCAUUGCUGAGAAGUCUGGAAUUCAGGAAGAACUGGUCCGGGUGGAACAGGAGAAAAUGGAUCUGGACACUGAGAAACUCGGCCUAAACCAGACUGUGGAGAUCCAUGAGCAGACGGUAGAAAAUCUUCAGGAGGAGAUCACCAUCUUGAAUCGUGAGAAAGUGGAAAUUACUGAGCAGCUUAACUCUGUGUCUCGUCAGAAGUCUGCUCUAGCUGAGGAACUUCUUCAGUCCAGGAAGGAGUGUGAGCGUCAGAGUGACACCGUUGUCCGCAUCGCCAAGGAGAAGGAAGAUCUGACCAAGGAAAAAGCCUCUCUCAUCGUCCAGCUGACCAGCUCUGAGCGUGAGAACCGACAGCAGAGUGAGAUCAUUGCUGGGUUUAAGGCAGACAAGGAAAGUCUGGAAAAUGCACUCUAUGAGGCGCAGCAGCUCAACGCUCAGUUGGAGACCCGUAAGGAACAACUGGAGGGAGAGAAUCAGGAGCUGAUCCUGCGUAAAGAGGCCCUGCAAGCUGAAAUUGCACGUCUGCGCAAGGAGAUGGAGCUUGAAAUUGAGAAGCUUGAAAGACAGAAGGAGAGUAUUACUGCCAAACUGGGGCAGACAGAGCGUGACCUCAAUGUUUCUCUCACACAGGAAAAACAGGCUCAUGAGGAAGAUAUAGAGAGACUUACCAGGGAGAAGGAAACCCAGAGAAUAGAAUAUGAAGCCAAUCGUGAAGAAAUCCUCCACCAUAAUGCUAUGGAGAAGGAAGAAAUGAUUGCAAGAGCUGAGAAUGAAAAAGAGCAGCUCCAGCAGGAAUUGGCAGCCAUCCAGAGAGAGCGUGAUGACUCCAUGUUGUUUGCAGAGAAUGAGAAGCAGCAGGUCUUGUCUCUGAUGGAACAAGAAAAGUCAACUCUGGCAGAGAAGCUGAACAGCACCCAGAAGGACCUUCAGAGCCAGAUUGUUGAGAAUGAGCGCCUGAAGAGGGAGUCCAUGUCCAGGCAGGAGUCUGAUAAGAACUCUAUCAACGGCCUGCAGGCAGAACUCAAGAAGUUCAGAUCUCAGUUUGAAGAGGCUACAGUUGCUCAAGACAGAGAGCUGAAGGAUCUCAACGGUCGUAUGCAGGAGUUGCAACGCCAGAAAGAGCAAGCAUUACGUGAGGUGGCUGAACUCAAAGUACAACUAAAGAUGGUGGAAGAAACACGUGACACAAUUAGACGUGACCUUAUUGAAGCUAACCGUAAAAUUCGGGAAGCUGAUGAAACCAAAGAACUGAUGCGUAAAGAAAUUGGUGAUCUCAAACGUAGUGUGAACGAUGAGGUGCGUGAAAAAGAGGCAGUCCAGAAAGCCAAUGAGGAGCUGCGUAACAAGAUCAAGAGGGCUGAAGGUGAAAAGAUAGAGCUGAGUCGUAAUCUGCAGGAGGCCAAGCAGAGAAUUGGAAUUCUGGAGGAGCAGAAGACUGGAGUCCAAAAGGAGGCCUCGGACCUUCGUGCCAGUCUCCGUGAAGUAGAGAAGGCUCGUCUGGACGCACGUCGUGAGCUGCAGGAGCUUCGUCGUCAGGUGAAGAUGUUGGACAGUGAGAGAAGUAAGCUAGGGAAGGAGGUGGGUGAUCUCCAGAACCGUGUGGCCAGAGAUGAGGAGAAAGAAGAGGAAUCCAGGAGAGAGCAGUAUGGACUGAAGCAGAAGGUUGUUGAGACUGAAGCCAGCCGUGAGGCUCUUCGCAAAGAGCUUGCUAAUCUUCAGCGUCGUUAUGCUGAACUUGAGGACGAGUCCCGCGUUAAGGAGAAGGACUACCAGAUGGCACUGGAGGACAGUCGUCGCAAUGAACGCAAACUGGAAGAGAUACGUCGCAACCUUGAGACAAACCUUGAGGCAUGCAACAAUGAGAUUGGAGAGCUGAAGCUGGCAUUGAGCGGAGCAGAGGGACGUGUCAACGCCCUUGAGGCUCAGCUUGCCCGUGUCGAGGGGGCCAAACGCGACGUUGAGUUCAAACUGAGCAGCAUUCAUUCCACACUGAGACGUACAAUUGGUUUCCGCCAAGACAUGCCCAGAUCUCCAAGUCCAACCAUGCGUGCACGUAGUCCGAGCCCACGACGCACACGUCCUACAUCUCCAGCUAAAGGCUUUGACAACACUUUCACAACCACAACUGAUGGCCGAGGCAGUCCAAUCGCUCGCACUGGCUCCCCAGACCGUGCUCGUAGCCCCACACGUCGUGAGCGUGAUAUGUCUCCAUCCAGACUGGACCAAUCUGUGUCCAUCGCAGAUAUUGACCCUGAGGCUGUCCGUAUUGCACUCCGAGACUUUGUUCAGCAGUUGGCUGGAUCUGAGAGAGAAAGGGAUGACUGUCUGUCCCAAGUGCGCAGUCUGUCCAUGCAGCUGAAGGAGAUGGAAGAGGACCGUGACAGAACAGAGGCCAGGCUACAACAGCUGCAGAAAUCUCUGGGAGAGGCUGAGGAAGACAAGAGAGGCAUUGACAGUCGUCUAGCUAGUGCACAGACAGCACUCAUGCUGCAAGAGGAGACAAUCCGUCGUAAUGAGCGUGAGCGCAAGACCAUGGCAGAGAAAAUCAACACACUGGAGCGUGGUCUGGCAGCCAUGGAGUCUGAGAAGAGACAGCUACAGGAAAGAGUUGGCAAGAUGAAGCAGAAUGAGGCUAAGUUGGAGGAGGACAAGAAGCAGCUGCGUAUGGCUCUGGAUGACUCUGAACAGCGCUGCACCAAGACAGAGCUGGCCAAGCGGUCCAUGGAGGGUGACCUUCAGAGACUGAAACUUGCCAUGAAUGACAAGGAGACAGAGAAUCAGGUCCUCCAGGAGCGUAUAGAUAACCUGACCCGUCAGAUGCAGGACCUGGACAGCAAGUGUCAGUCUCUACAACUGACCAUUGACCGUCUCAGUAACGCCCUGUCCAAGACUGAGGAGGAAGAGAGUGUCCAGAAAGAUAAGGUACAAGUUCUGAACAUGUCCCUGUCGGAGCAGUCUGCCACUAUUGCAGACCUGCAGGAACGCGUGCAGCAGCUACAACGUGCUCUCACCAGCAGUGAGCAUGACAGGCGCGUGCUUCAGGAACGGCUGGACACCACAAGGCAAGCCCAGAAUGAGGCUAAGAAACAGAACCACAGCCUGAUGGAGCGUGUGCAGGCAAUCCAGAAUGAGCUCUCAGACAGCGAAGUGCGCAGAAACGAACUGGAGGGGCAAGUCAGGCAGGCACAUGGGAUCAUUGUGCAGAGACAAGAACAGGAGCAAGAAUUGAACCAGCGCCUGCAGAAACUUGGCACUGAAAAGCAAGGCUUACAAGAACGCGUAGCCUCUCUCCAACGCCAGUAUGCUCAGCUAGAAACUGACAAACGUGAGAUCGAGCGUAACGUCAUUCGCACAGAGAAGGACAAGUCCGCACUGAAGAAGACUCUGGACAAGGUGGAGCGCGAAAAGAUGAAGACUGAAGAAGUUGCCUCACGCAGCAUGACUGAGAAAGGAAGUAUGGAAGGAACUCUGAAGCGACUGGAGGAAGAAAACAUGGACCUUCAGCGCCAACUUCAGAGCAUGCAGGCUCAGAUGGCCGAGAUGGAGCAGGCUCAUUCUCAGAGGUUGAUUGACUUGACCACGCGUCACCGCUCAGAAACGGAAAUGGAGACUGAGCGUCUACGUUCUGCUCAACUCCAGGCAGAGCGGACACUUGAAGCUCGUGAGCGUGCACACAGACAGAGAGUGAAGGGUCUAGAAGAACAGAUCAACACACUGAAGGACCAGUUAGCCCAGGAGAUGCGUAAACGUCAACAGUUCAUCCAGCGCAGCACGCGCACAGGUGAUGACAUCAAGGACAUCCGUAACAUCCUGGACAGUUCUCUAGGCACAGUGGCACGUGACCCUGGGUUAGACACCCUUCUUCUGGACCAUGAGACCAGUAAACUUGGGGACACUGUUGACCAUCAUAGCACCAUCUCGCCGACAAGGCUGUCACCACGACGACGAUCUCCCACACGCAGCACUUCACCAGUUAGGCUGGGUCGUGUCACGUCCACGCCUGCAUCUCGUCACGCCAGCAGCAGCAUACGCCGCACUCCUAGUACCUCAAGCCCCAUGAGCUUCAAGAGGAAGUAACACUGCCAGACCUCUAGAGGGUUAAAUAUGCAACUAAUAAUUGACUGAUGUAUUGAACAGAUUGAAGACUAUUUCAGUGUUUUAUUGUAUUGUCAUUUUAUUUUUGUGCAUAUUCAGUUUAAGAUGGGACCAACAUUUUAUUGCUGCAUUUAUUGAUUAAUAGAUGUUUUUGCUGCUCAAUAGGGGGCAGAGCUUAUGAAAACCGUCCUAGAAUCAGGUGACUUGUCACAUCAAGGUGCUCUUUGCCCCGUGACCUUUGACCCAGUGACCUUGACCUGUCUUAAUACUUCCACUGUAUUCCAGUACCACUCACUACUGGAAGUUGUCAGCUUGUCCACUAGGUGGCGUAUUUAGGUUAGAGCAACCUAUUAAGAAUACUCCAGGUGCCUUUAUUUUAAAUGGAGUCCAGGCAGCCUUGGUUUUCUACAAAUACUUCCAUAAUAACAUACACUGCCAGUGCUUUCUGCUCAAACUGAAAGUGAAAGCUCUUUGUGAUGGCGACACUGCACAAGAAGAGCCAUUCCAAAGCCAGUGAAGUAUAAAGAUUUGUACAUGAUGGUCACUGAUUCUUUUUAUUAUAUGUAUGUCCCUUUGUUUAUUUUUAUGCUCACUUUAUAUGUGUUCUUGCAGAUGUCUUCUUAUAUUGCUAUGAUAGCUUUUUGAUGUGAAAGUGCUGUAGACUGUUUGACAGUAGAAUAUGGAUUAGAAUUAGCAGGACAAAGAUCCAGGAAUCAAUUAUGACUGUAAUCUUAACACACUUAAAUGUUGUAUGAUGUACAAACCAGGUCACAAACCAGUCACAUGAUAGUCACAUGAUAGUUAUAUUCAUCUCAACUAUUACAUAUCUUAUUUGAUGUGCUCAGUCUUCUGAGUUUGUCUCACCGGCCAUUCCCAUAGCCAAUCAUGUACAAAGUUAUGACAGUAUUAUGAUUGAUAUGAUAGAGUUGGAUGCUUAUAGUCCUGGAAAAGUCAGAGGAGACACAAGUAUAUAAACCUAUCUAUUAUAACUGGUGGAAAAACUCACUCCCUGAGGACCAUGGCAGUCUAACCGUUUUCACUCCUGUUUCCUCUGACUUCUCCAGUGCUGUGUAGAUGCAGAGUUAGAAAACUGUGUUUAUGUGUAACUCCAUUCUUCACAUUUUGACCUAUAUAAAACUGGCAUCUGCCUAGUUGUUGGUUACCAUGUAAACUAUAAAAAGUAGGUCACUGUGACCUAUUUGACAGUAUACAGGCCAAUGCAACCUUUUCAUAGUUCAUAGGUCACCGUGACCUAUUUGAUGAGUGAUUCAGCAGAAGAAAUGGGUUAUACAUAGGCAGAGUUUUUCAGAUGGCUUCAUAAAUUGCAAGACAGUAAGGUUUAAUAUAUUGAGUUGUGAUUCUUUUUUAAAUGUGAACAUAUAUAACAUAGAAGUAAAUUCAGUAUAAGAUAAUUUAUUGCCAGUUGGUCUCUUUUCUAGGGUAAAACAUCAAUCGAUGAGGGAAUCAAAUAUUUUUUCUGUAUUGGAAUAUUAUUCUUAAUUAUAAUUUGAGCUCAAUUUAUCCAGGAUUGUUGAAUUCAUUUACUUGACAAGAUAUAAAAACAAAGAUUAUCAAUUGCUGUGUGCAGCAAAUUUUCCAUUUUGUUCUUUGCUGUAGAUUUUUUAUGGUCACAAUGUUUUGGAGAACCCUGUAGGCUUUCUAUUAGAAGUGUCACAAUAUUUGUUACACCCUGUUACGGGAGAAAUGUUUCAUGCACAUAUAGAGAAAUAAAGUGUGUAUUUGCCAUUA